UUGGAGUGAAGGGUGCAGGGAACGGUACCGAUGGCUCCUCGGUACGCACCGAGUCUGCGGUCCCGUCUGGCACCGCUGCUGCUCUUACUGCAGAUCGGCUUCAUCGUCAUAUAUGCCCUUUACGUUGAGAUCGGAAGCAAUAUAAAAGCAGAUGGGACCACCUUCAGCAGCUCUUACCCAGAGUUCCAGGAUGUGAAUGUGAUGGUGAUUCUAGGUUUUGGCUUCUUGGGCACUUUUCUUGUGCGGUAUGGCUACAGCGCCACUGGAUUCAACCUCCUCGUAGCCGCCAUGGCCACCCAGUGGGCCGUCAUACUCAAUGGGAUGGAGCUCUGGUAUUACAGGGGAAAGAUCAGGGUAGAUUUGAGAAGCUUGGUGGUAGCUGAGAUGUGCGCGGCCUCGGCCCUCAUUUCAAUCGGAGCCUUGCUGGGGAAGACCAACCCGGUGCACCUCGUCUUCAUCGCCCUGCUGGAGGUGUCAGGAUUCGUCCUGAAUCGAUGGCUCCUCCAGACUCUGCUGAUGGUCCCGGCGGUGAACAGCAUCAUGCUGCUUCACACCUUCGGGGCCUUCUUUGGACUCGCGCUGACCUGGAUCCUGUUUCGGAAAGGAUCCCUGCAGCCUUUUGAAAAGGAGAAGUUUGACCGCCAAGCAGGAUUAUUCUCCAUGUUGGGGUCUGUGUUUCUCUGGAUGUUCUGGCCCAGUUUUAAUUCAGUUCUCGUGGACCACCGCAGUCCGGGGAGGAAGCUGGGGGCCGUGUGCAGCACCUACCUGGCCCUGGCUGUCAGCGCCGUCACAGCAGCAGCUGUGUCUGUGCUCUCCAGCCCCAAGGGGAAGCUCCACCCGAUCCACAUGCAGUCAUGCAUCCUUGCCGGGGGCGUUGCUGUCGGGGUCUCCAUGUCAGCGGUCCAUCAGCCAUGGGAAGCCAUGACAAUCGGAUUCACUGCUGCUGUUCUGUCGACCAUUGGAUCCCGAUACCUCAAGACGCACAUGCUUCUUGCAUUCGAGUGCCAUGACACCCGUGCUCUCCUGAGCACUCACGGACUCCCCGGCCUCCUGGGAUGGCUGGCCCACCUCCUCCUGCAGAUAAAAGCCUGCGAUGACCCCACGGUGGCGGUCCGGUUUGCCGUAUUGCACAUUUGCUCUCUCCUCAUCACCAUCAGUCUGAGUCUGUGCCUGGGCCUCAUGACCGGGCUCCUACUCAAGUGGAACUUCUGGAGACCGCCUCAAGACAACAAAUGUUUUGAUGACCAGGCUUUCUGGGAGUUUCCCCAUCUUGCCGUGAAGAAGUAAGAGGACGGAAAAGGAAGUGGACCAAGGUGGAUUCCAGAAGAACAAACUAUUUCUGGUGUGAGGUAUAUCAGUUCAUACAGUUUCUCUUACUUUAACGCAAAGUCGCUAGUAGAUUUUUUUUUCUGAUGCGAGAAAGAUUGGGAUACAAAUUAAAUUAAAUCAAACUCUGGUUGGAACUGUGGAAGCAUG